GCAAAGACUCAAGUCACAGGGGAAGAUGAAGGGCCCCUACCAGGCUGCUGGCAGGACCCUGCUUACUCUAGGGAGCCUCAGCAUCCUCUCUGGAGUGCUUGCCUUCUUCCCCGUCUUCUCUUGCAAGCUUCAGUAUGCAGGAUGGAGCGUUUGGAUCGCCUGUCCCAUCUGGAAUGGGGCUUUGGCCAUCACAGCUGGGGCACUUAUACUGCUUGCUCACCGAGAGUGGAGCCAGAGACACUUGUGGGAAGCUGGCUUCACCUUUGCGGUUCUGAGCAUUAUGGGAUGUCCACUUCAUUUUGCAAUAGCCUUGGAAUCUGCUCUCCUUGGUCCAUAUUGCUUCUACUCAUUUUCAGGGUCUGCAGGGACCAAUUACCUUGGUUACGCAGUUACCUUUCCUUUCCCAUACACGGCAUUCCCAUCAGUCUGCGUGGACCCUCUCCACUAUGAAGAGUAUCACCUGACCCUUCAAGUCCUGGACCUGUGCCUGAGCCUCGUCCUGUUCUGUGUGUCCCUGGCCGUGUUCGUCAAGCUUUCCACACGACUGGUGCAGAACGGACACGUAAAUGUGCCCACAGCAAUUGUAAUACACUCCAUGUGUCUGUGGAGGUCAGAGGACAUCUUCCACAAGUCGGAUCCCUCCUUCUACUAUGUGGGUGCUGGGAAUGGAACUUGGGUCUUCAGGCUUGGCAGCAAGCACCCUUACCACUGAACCAUCUCGCCUGACUGUGUAUGUGUUGUUUUCAUUGGUUGAAUAAAGAAGCUGCCUUGGCCUUUUGAUAGGGCAGCACUUAGGUAGGUGGAGUAGACAGAACUGAAUGCUGGGAAGACAGGAGACAGAGAGCCACCAUGGAGCUGCCAGAGACAGGCAUGAUGAAUCUUUCCUGGUAGGCCACUGCCACGUGGUAAUAUACAGAUUAACAGAAAUGGGUUAAAUCAAGAUGUAAGAACUAGUCAAUAAGAAGUUAGAGCUAAUGGGUCAGGCAGUGUUUAAAUGAAUACAGUUUCUGUGUAAUUAUUUCAGGUAUAAACUAGCUGGGCGGCUGGGAUGACAAGCAGCCUACUUGUUCCUCUUACAGAUUGGCCCCACGUUGGGCGCCAUUCUAUAACAGGAGGGCCUGCUCGUUGGGGUUUCUGUCCUGCUCAGUUCCCACAGUUGGCAAGUCCAAAAGAAAAAUUACACAGAUGUCUCCAUAAGUUAUAAACUGAUUGGCCCAUUAGUUCAGGCUUUGUAUUAGCUCUUAUAACAUAUAUUAGCCCAUUAUUCUUAUCUAUGUUAGCCACAUGGCUCAGUACCUUUUUCAGUGGGGCAGGUCACAUCCUGCUUCUUCUGUGGUUUGGGCAGGACUGAGAAAAGAGCUUCCUUCUUCCCAGAAUACUCCUGUUCUCAUUUCCCACCUCUACUUCCUGUCUGGUUUUUCCACCUAUACUUUCUGCCUGGCUAUCAGCCAAUCAGCAUUUAUUUAAAAUAUAAUUGACAGAAUAUAGACUUGUCCCACACUACCAGACUGUGUUGCUAGAAAGUGACUGAGUUUUUGUUUUGUUUUUAUUUUUUCUAAUAACACCCUAAAUUUUCCUUUGAACUAUGAUACUUAUUAUAAAACAUGAUCCUGGCUGGUACUUUGUCUUCUUACACAUGAAACAUUGGUAAUGCUUUAAAGUGGCAGUUGUAAGUUUCACUCUGAACAUCACUGCUCUUCAGGAGAAUGCACGAUCUCACAAUUGUGAGAGUCAGAAGGCUCUGUCUUUUAAAAAGAGGAAACAAUGAUCAAAAUACAUUGUAAAUGUACACAAUUCUCUGGGAAAUAAUAAUUAUGUUUGAUAAACACAGAAACCUGAAGAAGACCGUGUUUGAAGGGAGAUGACAAUACAUGGUGUGUGGGGUGGGCACACUUGUUCUCCAACAACCAGAGCUACAUCCUUCUGAGGGUUUGUCUUGUAAGUGCAGAUACAUGUUUUCAGAAAGGAGUCGGGCACCACAUCUCCCUCGCUCUUCCACAGCUGUCUUUAGUAGAUUUGAGGUCAUCUUGUUACAGGUUGCAUGGACAAAGGGCAGUUCAACCCCAAGCAAAUCACCCCAAGAAAUAAAUGAUUAAGAGAGGCACGGAGCAUUUGGAGACUCUGAGAAACGUGAAAACUCGUGUGCAGUCAUUCUGACUUCAGUGGCUGGGUGGGAAGGCCUCUGGGCUACAAAUAGGACAGACCACCUUCCUCACACAGUCCCACCCACAGUUUAGGUAGGACAGAACACCAGAAACACCACAGCUAAAACUGUCUGUGUCCUUGGUCCAGUAUGUAAUGAAGUUAUGAGAAAGUAAGAUGAAGGAUUUCUGGCACCCUGCAGAUAUUCCCUGCAGCUGCCCUCCCCCUCCCCUGCCCAGUGGGAUGGCUCCUUUUAUUUUUCUUUCAUUAUUUUUUGUUAUGUUUAUGGCUUUUUAUUUAUUGAUUGAUUUGUUAUGUAUACAAUAGUCUAUCUGUGUGUAUGCUUGCAGGCCAGAAGAGGGCACCAGAUCUCAUUCCAGAUGGUUGUGAGCCACCAUGUGGUUGCUGGGAAUUGAACUCAGGACCUUUGGAAGAGCAGGCAACGCUCUUAACCACUGAGCCAUCUCUCCAGCCCUAUGGCUUUUUUUUUUAAUGAAAGGGGGAAGGAAAACAUUCCCCCCUUGUCAUGUGAACGGUGGCUUUAGUUUUUUUUUUUUUUGAAUGGAGAUCUGUUUGCUUCACAUAAAAGACACUGGUAAACCCUGCAAGCACAAUUUAAAGACACUUGAGUGAAAUAUUCAUUAAUGGGCAGCUCUUUUUCACAGUGGAAGACAAAUAGGCACCACGCAGUGGCCCACAUCUUGAGUAGAAUUCUCUGCCUCAUUACAAAUAUAAAUGCAUUGGGAGGGAUAUAUUUUUGAGACAGGAUCUCUCUAUGUAGAUGGUGCUGGAUUGGAACUUUCAGCAAUUCUCCUGCCUCAGCUUCUGCAGUGCUGGGAGAACAGGUAUGGUCCACCACACAGGGCGUCUGUAAAUGUGUGUGCACGCAUGUGCAGGAUCUGUCACCUGUGUGCACAUAUGUGGCUGAUGUCUGCUAGCGCCUUUCUCCACCUUAUCCUUUGGCACAGGUCUCUCGUUGAUCCUGAAACUCCUCUCUCCUUAGAUUUGCUGGCCCAUGAGCCCCAGGGAUCUGCCUGUCUCUACAUUAGCACCCUAACCUCCCCCUCAAACCAUCUCCCCAGCCCUGCGAUUAUUAAUAAACUUUGAAAUAGGUUCACCUGAAGCUACUUUCAAAUUUUUGUGAGUAUCCAGUAAUUAUUUACAGUAAUUACUCCCGGGUUUCACUGUGAUGUUUUUAUACGUGUAAAGCCCACUUUGAUCAUAACCCCCAUCACCUCUCUUGCUCCCUCCCACUUCCAGUAAACCCCUUCCUCCUCCCAACUGACCCCCUUUUGCUUUCAUGUUUUUAGUUUUUUUCUUGGUUCAGUGAGUUUAACUGGGUUUGCUUUCAGGAACGAGUGAGGGGCUUCAGCUUUAACUCCUGCAUUAGGGUCUGAGGCCUGAAACUGAACGCCAAAAAGAUCUUUGUAGGAACACUGGGAACUCAAUCCUCUUAGGCAGACACAGCAGGGCUGAGGUGAGCCGGGUAGCAGUCAGAAUCCACUGCAUUUCUCCCUCUUGAUUGUGUUGUCUUCAGUUGAGUCAGUAGAGAAAUCAGAAUCUAGGACGAUAGUCACAGGUCUGCGGAGACAGCUGGGGGGGGGGGGUUGGCAGUUAAAGUGCUGACCCCUGGAGCACAUGGGCCAGGCAUUGUAGCAGAAAUAGGAGCUCCAGGAUCUGUGUCAAAGGGCAAGGUGAAGAGACAUAGAAGAAGCUAGCAGAUAUCAACUUGUGGCUUUCACAUGCACACAUGGGUGACAAUGUACGCAGACACACACAUGCGCACACACAUGCCACAGUUAGAGGAGUGGGGAAGGAGGAGAGAGAGGAGGGGGAAAGAGGAGAGAAAGAAGAGAGGAGGAGGAGAGGAGAAAGAGGACAGACAGUCAUGAUACAGGGUACUCCAACGCCUGCGAUCUCAAGUUCUGUGAAGAAAGGUGACACCAGCCUGGUCACAGGAGAGUGACCGUAGGGGCUGUUUACCUUAGCUGUGUCCCCUCUGCAGGCCCAGUCCAGGUGCUUUGCCUCUUUGUCCCUCAAUACUCAGAAGUUUAUGUGCCCGUUUCACAGAUGUGCACACUGAGUUGGCCCCACAAACUCUUGCAGAAUCUGGACUCUUGUCCCGUCUGACUCUUGCAGGCUCGGUCUAGCCCCUGAUCACUGUACCUUAUCAGGCAGGGUGUCAUCAAUCCUGUGACCUUGCACAGGCUUGCUUCUCUCACUCCUGAAUGGCAGUCCUUCUGAGGCUUCCCACUGGGGAGCGUUUGAUGUUUGUUCUUAGGAUGCUUGCAUUUCACUUAACCCAUGGGGUCAACACCAAAGAUGGCAGCAGCUUGUGAGGGGAAAUGAUGAGACGAGUGUUUCUUGUAGUGAGCGUGGGUGGGCUGGGUAGACUGGAGGACUGGGUCCUUGACAGCUACACUUGCUCAGUUUUCACAGCAGCAACCACCUUUAGUUUUGACCUGUUGCCUUUUGCAACGCCCACAGUUUCACCUUUUAACAUGAAAUAUCCUUGUAGAAUAUCAUAUCGCAAUCUAAAAUAGUGUUAAUGAAUACGUUUGAAUAGAUAUUAAGCACCUUUAAAAAAUAAUCAGGGAAAAAAAAAAAUAACCAGGGCCCCACGGCCGCUACUCAGGAGCUUGUCAGAAGAGGAUUGAAAGUUCAAGGCUACAGCAUGAAUUCAAGGCCAGCCUAGGGAAGCCCUGCUUUUGAAAGUGAAUAGAAACCCCUGAGACAUAAUACUGUAGAGUGCUCGUCACCCUGUGUGAGGCCCUAGAUUCAGUCCUGAGUGCGGGGCUAGGGGAGGCAGGAGAGGAGGAAAGAAAGAAAUGGAGAAAAGAAAAUGUUUAAAACAUGGGAGAGGAUUUUUUGCUAUUGCUAUUAUUAUUAAAAAGUAGAACUUUGGGAACAGGGGAGAUGGCUCAGUCAGUACUGCUUUUGCCAUGUAGACAUCAGGAGCUGAGUUCGAGCCCAGCACCUCUGCAAGACGUGGGUACAGCAGUAUCCAUCUGUACCCACCAGGCCCUGGACAGGAGACAGGUCAACUCCUGCAGCCCACUGACCUGCCAGGCUGGCUGGAUUGGCAAAGCUGGCAGACAGUAAUUGAGGAAGACACCCGGUGCCUCACCUCUGGUAUCCACAGGUUUGCACACACAGUAGUGUUGAGGAAGACACCCGGUGCCUCACCUCUGGUAUCCACAGGUUUGCACACACAGUAGUGUUGAGGAAGACACCCAGUGCCUCACCUCUGGUAUCCACAGGUUUGCACACACAGUAGUGUUGAGGAAGACACCUGGUGCCUCACCUCUGGUAUCCACAGGUUUGCACACACAGUAGUGUUGAGGAAAACACCCGGUGCCUCACCUCUGGUAUCUACAGGUGUGCACACACAGUAGUGAUGAGGAAGACACCCAGCGUCUCACCUCUGGUAUCCACAGGUGUACACACAAAGUAGUGUUGAGGAAGACACCCAGCGUCUCACCUCUAAUAUCCACAGGUUUGCACACACAGAAUGCUCACCUCUCCACUCAAACAUGUGUGCAUACACAAGCACACAUAUGCCCUCACUCACAUGUACAUGUAAUAUACUCAUAUCACAAGUAAGAAUCUCGAUUUAAAAACCCAAAGGCCUUGAUUCUCUAGAACUGUGAAAAAAUUGAAAGCACCACAGUCACCCCGACAGAGAUUCCUGGGUGAUUAUAAUGGUGCUAAAAAAGAGAAGGGAAUCCAGUUCUAGUCAGAAGGUAGCCAUGUGGGGUUCCUACUUCAGAGGAUGUUAAAGAAAGCCUGGCUAGCUGUCCCAGGAUGCUUGAGUUCAUGCCUCAUAGUCAAGGAGGAAGAAAUUGCGAAAGGGAGCAU